CCGCUCUCCCAGCUUCCACCUUGGCCUCCUGGCCUUGGCUCAGGCUGUGUUCCCACUGCUUAAAGGGCCCCUCUGCACCCUCUUUGGUGAGGGUGCCCUCUGGUUGGUGCCCAUCCUGGUCUGUUGGUGUUUGUCACUGUGUACUUCCUUGAUGUCCCCGGCCCCGGGCUGAGUUAGGGUCCCUUAGCCCCACUGCUUCCUUCCCUCAGUCCUGUCAGGGAGCUGGUUCGACGCCCCCUGGGCCGAGCACAUGUUACAGGUGAAGGCUGACCUGUGGAAGAGGUGCUUGUCUCCCAAGGUGGUGUGCAGGACCGGUUCAUGAACUUCCUUGCAGGGAGAAAAGUCCCAGGUCAGACCCUGCCCUCCAGGUGUUGCUGAGACCUUGCCAUCCUGCAUCUACUCAUAACCCCAGCCACUGUCUUCUCCAUGCCCCUUCUGGGUCCCAGACUUGCCUUCUAUCCCUGACCUUUCCCCUCAGGACUGUCACAAUCUUUUUGUCUUGUGUCUUAGACCCUCAGAUAUCUGAGUCAUCUGAUAACCUGUUACUGGGACAGGGUCAUGAGCAGAGAGAGCUUCUUGACCUUCGUGCUUUCCCAUAGAAGCUCCUUUUAUAUGCACACUUAUAUAGAGUUUUAGAUGUGUAAUUGUUCAUAUACACCCACACAAUUUCAAUUAUAUUUUUCAUUUGUGUUUCAGACAACUUCACAACACUGAUGAGAAUACCAUGUUUAGCCAUAUUAACAAAUAAUCACGUUUUAAAUAACACCUUUUGUUUUGCCUCUAAAAAUACAGGGUGCCAUAAACAUGGCUGGCAAUUUAUCUGGGACCUGGCUCUCACCCCUGGUGGAUAGUACUUCACUAUGAGGCAGAUGGCUCUGGGGGCCAGGUAGAGAUGCAGUGAGCCCCAGGGUCUCUGCUCGGCCCCACCCAAGUCCACACGUGUCACUAGGUCUGAUUAAGAGUAGCGCAGGUUCCCACAUUAGGCGAAGUUGCUUGAUUUUGAAAUAGUGGCAACUCAUUCAAAACAACUCUAAGCCUCAGUGACGAUGUAACGUCGAGCCUGGGGAAGGCCCCCCACAAGUGUGUGUGUUUUGGGGGUGUUUAGACCUCCAUGUAAAUAAAUAUAAGCUGCGGAGACCACGGCAGCCCUAUAAGACCAUAGGAGAAAGUGUGGCUGGAGCUGGGGCGGGGCCACCGCUCCGCCAAUGUCUCGUUGUGGGUGGGGUUAUAAGGAGCGGGCCGGGCCUUAGGACUUCCGGAAACCAGCGCCCGCGCACACGCAAGCUGUCGGCCGGGAGUGCAGCCCAACCAGCCAAUUGCGGAGGGCGCUGCGUGCCUGCCCAGCCAGUGAGAAGCCUGGUUUGUGUCGCCCCACCCCUGCUCCCCAUUCCGGACCUUGGGACACCUACCAUGACAUUUCGCGUUCACUCUGCCGUGACCGCUUACGCGUUUUCCGCCGGCCAUGCCUUUCGUUGAGCUGGACACGAACUUGCCCACCGGCCGUGUGCCUGCGGGAUUGGAGAAGCGGCUCUGUGCGGCCACCGCAGCCAUCCUGAAGAAACCCGAGGACGUGAGCGUGGGCCGGGGAGCGCGGCGGGAGGAGCGCGUGACGGUGACCGUGAGGUCCGGCCUGGCCAUGGUGGUGAAUGGCUCGAAUGAGCCCUGCGCGCAGAUGCUGGUCUCCUCCAUCGGUGUGGUGGGCACGGCCGAGGAGAACCGUGGCCACAGUGCCCGCUUCUUCGAGUUCCUCACCAAGGAGUUGGACCUGGGCCAGGAUCGGUGCGUGGGGUCAGGGAGAAUAUGCUCCCGGGACUGCUGCGUGAACUGGACAGUGAUUCCCACCCACCUCAGAGCCCCCCCAAAGGAUAAUUAUCCGCUUUUUCCCCCUGGAGCCCUGGCAGAUUGGCAAGAAGGGGACAGUCAUGACUUUUUUAUGAAUGGCAUGGAGAGCAACCAGGGUGUCUGUAAGCUGGCCACCCCUUUCAGAGAGGCCACCUGGCAGGGUAAUGGUCUGGUGGAUACCAGCUCUGGUCCCCCCUGCCCCCUCAUCCCCACAGACAUGCGCAGUACCUCACAGUUGUUAUCUUCCCCAUCCUCAUGCCAAAUAAAUGAAGAGAGCCUCAUCUUUCAAAUAUGACUUCUUUACCUUCCUUUGCCCCUCCCUCCCUGGCAUUCUGGGCCACUCUGGGCAGCGGGCUUGGUUUAUGAGGUGGAUACUUUGGGAUCCUGAGAGGUAGGAUGUUUCCUGUUCUCAGGGCUGCUGUUUCACAUAUUGUAUUUAGGCUGCUCAAAUCCAAGGGUGGAGGGCUCAGCCCGGAGGCCCUUGCUGUCUGUGCCUGUGUGCAGGCUUGGAGGGAGGGGUUGGCAGCUGGUCUAUCCUGGACCUUCCUACAGAUUCUGCUGACCAGAUGUCCCUGUCCUCAGCCUGGGCUCGCCUGGGUGUUCCCUGCCUACAGACUGCUGUGCCUAGGGAGAGCUGAGCUUCAGGGGACCUCUCCUGGGCAUUCCUAAAGUCCAUCUUCUCCCAUGAGUCUUGCUGAGAAUGCUCUGAGCACCUGGUGAAAACCUUAGUCCUAGAAUUGGCAAACCUGGAAAUGCAAUGUCUGCCACUAGAAACUGAGCAGAUGGGAUCCCUGCCUCCCCCUAUACCCUAUCUAAAUUACUCUUACCAUGUUUUUGCAUUUCAGAGGCUAUACAGGUGGGGUGGGGGAAUCCCAUAGGUCUCCUUUUCAGUUUCCUUCUAGAUAUUUGAAGCAAAGUUUGCUUCACUUAGACACUGUGGUGGGUGCUGUGUUUCCCUGCACAGUUAAAGGUUUGAUCAUCUUUGUCUUUAGUGCACCAGUGUAAUAUCAGAUUGAGAUUUUUCAGUCUAUGAAGUCCAUCUGGUUAAUAAAGUUAGUUUCCAAUGGAA